AUGUGUAAGCGCGAGGGGGGACAUGGCGGGGACGCGUCCAGGCUCACGGAGAGCGAGAAGGAGAAGACGAAGCUGCGCGAGCGGCAGCGGCGCGCCAUAACCACCAAGAUCUUUGCCGGGCUGCGGAAGUACGGCGGAUACAACCUUCCGCCGAGGGCGGACAUCAACGACGUUCUGCGCGCGCUCGCUGCGGAAGCCGGCUGGGUCGUCGAGUCCGACGGCACCACCUACCGCUCCCCCGGGUCGCAGCCGCCCACUCGCCACUCGUCGCUACACAGUCGCACGGCGGCUGCCAUCGCCGCCGGGUCGCUCGCCAUGUACCCCGCACAGCAGGUGACGCAGCUGGCGCCGCAGCUGGCGCCGCAGUCGCCGGCGCAGCUGGCGCAUCUACAACAUCCCGCCCCGCACCUGCCGCAUUCUGCGCACCCGCACGCGCUUCCCCAGCUCGCCGCAACGCCGUCCGGCGCAACCGCAUCCGUUUCGCCCAUGUCUCCGCGGGAGGCUUGCGCGUCCGCUCCGCUCGUCGGCUCUCCGCCCUCCACCGGCAGCCCCUCGCUGCUCCCCCGCUCCUCCCCGCCUUCCGUGCCCGCAUCCGCCGCAGCUUCCGCCAGCGGCGCGGCGGGGGGAACCGGCGGAGGCAUGGCGGGCGGGGGGUUGGGUGGCGCGGGCAUGUACGGCGGCGGCAUGAUGGCUGGAAUGAACGGGUUCGGCCUCCCCGGAUCGUUCCCCGCGAUGCAUCUUCCGCACGGCAUGCUUGCGCUGAUGCCGCAUCCGCCAGGCACUUCCUCCGCCGCUGCGGCUGGGGGAAUGGGCGCCUUCGCCAUGAGCAUGGGGCCGGGCGGGAUGAGCGCGGGCAUGGGCGCGGGCAUGGGCGCAGGCUUGAGCGCAAGCAUGGGCGCGGGCACAGCGAUGAGCACGGGCGUGGACAUCAAGAUGGAUCCGCACGGGGGGGGAAUGCUUCUGGCGGGAACGACGGGCGGAAGCAGCGCGUGCAUGAUGGGGAUGCUGGGGAGCGCGGGGGAUUCCAUGUCCGCUGCCGCUGCGGCAGCCGCGGCUGCCGCGAGUGGAGGCGGAGUGGGCGGUGGUGUGGCAGGCGGUGGCAGCGGAAUGGGUGGCGGAAUGGGCGGCGGGAUGGGCGGAGCAAUGAUGCUUCUGCCCGGAUUCCAUACCCUGCCCCAUGGCGCGGGCUCCGCUGCUGCAAGGGGGAACAUGGGCGGCAUCAUGGGGCCCCUGGGGGAGCUACACAUGGGCGGAGGGUUGCUGGGCGGAGGGGGCGGGGGCAGCACUUUGCUCGGGGCGGAAGGAGAGGUGUCGCUGUCCCCGUCAAGUAGCUCAACGAGUGGCUACGAUUCGAGAGCUCCAGCCAUGGGAUUCGCGUCCUUCAUUGGAAGAGUCUUCUUUUCCGCCAUUUUCAUCCUCGCAGCAUGGCAAAAGUUCAACGACUUCGGUCCCGAUGGCGGUCCCGCGUUGAAGAACAUGACUCCGAAGCUGGAGACGUUUCAAAAUCACUUGAAGGAUUCGUUAGGUCUCUCCGUUCCGCAUGUUGACCCCAAGAUUCUUCUGUUGACAGCCAUCGUGCUGGAAGGAGUGGGUGGCAUUCUGUUUACGAUUGGAAGCAGCUUGGGUGCAUACUUCCUGCUGCUCUUCCUCGUGGCAGUGACGCCCAUUAUGCACGACUUCUACAACUUCAAGCCUAACAGUGCAGAAUACAUCCACGAGUUUAUCCAGUUCCUUAAGAAUCUUUCUCUGGUGGGAGCCCUACUCGUUUACCUCGGAAUGCGCAGCUCUGCAGCCAAGCUAGCAUCCAGGAAGCGAAAAGCCCCUUCCAAGUCUAAAGUCAGCUGA